UACAUUUUCCCACCAAGUUGGGUGUUGCCCGCAGGUGUUGACACUCCUAAUGUUUGACUUUGGUGGCCAUUUCUUCUAGUUUGCAUGUUGAUCAAUAAGCCAGGAGGCUGCUCUUUGGGCCUUCUCCUCCUUCAUUCACAGCACUGAUCUGAAUCAGUGAUGCAGAAUACAUUGACCCUGGUCUUCUCAAAUAUUCCCAUCCUCGCCUCAUAUUGUCCCAUAUCUGUGCCCACAGAGCGGCUUGUUGACUUCUCCGUAACCGUCCAGCCCUCGGCGUCCCCAUGCCUCCAUCUCCUCUUGACGACAGAAUUGUGGUGGCGCUGCCAAGGCCGAUCCGACCUCAGGAACUCCAACUGUGCCUGGACACCAGCUACCUGGACUCCAUCACCACCAGCAGCAGCAGCAACAAUACCGUCAUCAGCACCACUGUGGUGAAGAUCCGGGCGACGGCCAAUCUUGUAACGUAUAUGCCCUCAUCCAAGGGCUCCACGCGCUCAUUGUCGUGUGGAUGCAGCAGUGCCAGCUGCUGCUCAGUGACUACCUAUGAGAAGGACAACCAGAGCAUCAACCACAGCCAGGUGAGUGCAAGCAGCCCUAAUCUCAGCUAUGCCGGGCCUCCCACCUCUAUGGUCAGCAACCACGAAGCAUCAAGCACCCCCAGUCUCGCCCCGGGCACCCCGAAGGCCCUGUCAUGCGUGAGGGUCAUCCACCCCAACGAGCUGGCCAAACGGAUGACCUGCUGCCCCAUGGGACACCCCGUGGGGCCCGUGCCGGUCAUCAUCGACUGCCGGCCCUUCAUGGAGUACAACAAGAGCCACAUCCGGGGGGCCGUGCACAUCAACUGCUCCGACAAGAUCAGCCGGCGGCGGCUGCAGCAGGGCAAGAUCACUGUGCUGGACCUCAUCUCCUGCCGCCAGGGCAAGGACUCUUAUAAGGGCAUCUUCUCCAAAGAGAUCGUGGUUUACGAUGAGAGCACCAUGGACCCCAACCGGCUGACGUUCUCCCAGCCACUGCAUGUGGUCCUGGAGUCACUGAGGAGGGAGGGCAAGGACCCCAUCAUCCUCAAAGGAGGCCUGAGCUGCUUCAGGCAGAGCCAUGAGAACCUGUGUGAACACUCGCUGCACCUUCACGAGGACCCCGGUGCUGCUGCUGGCCGGACCGGCCCUCUACCUCACUCCCUGCCCUCCACGCCGGACAUAGAGAACGCGGAGAUGACACCAAUCCUGCCCUUCCUCUAUCUGGGGAACGAGCACGACGCUCAGGACAUCCACCUGCUGCAGCGCUUCAACAUCGGCUACAUCCUAAACGUGACCACCCACCUGCCGCUCUUCCACUACGACACGGGAUGCUUCGUCUACAAGUGCCUGCCCGCCACGGACAGCAACAAGCAGAACCUGCGGCAGUACUUUGAGGAGGCGUUUGAAUUCAUCGAGGAAGCCCAUCAAGCAGGUUUGGGCCUCCUGAUCCACUGCCAGGCAGGCGUGUCUCGUUCAGCCACCAUCGUGAUAGCCUAUCUGAUGAAGCACACCUGGAUGACCAUGACAGACGCCUACAAGUUUGUCAAAACCAGAAGGCCCAUCAUCUCCCCGAACCUCAACUUUAUGGGCCAGCUGCUGGAGUUCGAGGAGGACCUCAACAAUGGAAUAACGCCACGAAUCCUCACACCAAAGCUGAUUGGUGUAGAAACUGUUGUCUAACCGAACCCUCUGGACUCGACGCUCGCACUUGUACUCACUCUCACUGCUCUCUCCAGAGAGAUCGGCUGCUCUAUGAGCUACGUUGGACUAUGAGAGCCACUGUAUUCUUCUUGAAUCUCCUCAUGCUCAUCUUGGACUCUCUGGAGUGCCAAAGCUCUGGGUCAGUGGUGAUGAGAUAUGCCAAAAAUCCCUACUGUUUGGUCCUGGCUGAAGAAGUCCAGGAGGAGACGGCGGUCAGCGGGAAGCUUUCCAUCGUGAUUGAGAGGAGCAAACAUGAGGGAAAAGCAAAUUGGUUUGGAAAAGAUAUUCUACGUGCUUAGGGGCAAUUACUGAAAAGAGACACUACUAAAGCUCACACGGUGGCACACAGCUUCUGUUUGCAGACCCAGGCCUGUCAAAAAGAACGGAAACAAUUAUAAACAAAAAGAUGAAGACUUGUUUGGUGUGUUAAUGUUGUUGUUCUAUUUUUAUACAGGGGUAUAUGGGGGAGACCAUGACGAGCCCACAGUGGCUUACUGUGCAAUAAUUUCAGAGUGGAAUGCAACUGAGAUCUUGAAUGUAUAUAAUGAUAUAAUGAUUACGAAACAUUUCCAGCUCUUUGCUGAAAUACCAUUUUAAUGUUAAUGUAUUACUGUUGUUCAGUUCUAUAUGUUCAUGGUGCAUACAGUUAUGCUGUAAUAUUUGGCGCAGACGCGUGUACAAGAGAGAAAGAACGUGGGUUUUAUUUUUGAGUGCAGCUUCUGGGUUUAUGGAAGUCAUCGGAACCACAGAUUCGUAUUUCGUGUGUUUGCUUCAGUAUCUUCGUUUUGCCAUUCCUGCAUCCACAUAUGCAUAUAUUUUGUAGCAAUACACAGUAUAUAUUACCAGACAGCCAUAAGAGCUUUUUUUAUGCAUGGCUGCUGGCAGAGGAAAGAAUACUUUAAAAUAAUCAGUGAUUAUUGUAAAACAGGGCUACUGGUGAUGUUUAAUGUAACAGAACGGAGGAGUUUCACUGCCUGCUUCGGUUGUCUCACAUUUUCUUUUUGCUCCCAGCUCUGUUGAAAUGAACUCGACUGAGUCGCCAUGUAGCUGCAUUUGUUUGUGUCAGAGCCCAACAUGUUGAGCUAUUUAGUCCAUAUUAAGGUAGCAGUGUUGAGGUCCAGACUUCAAACAAACAUUGACUUUCUGCCAUGGGUCGCAGUGUCGCGGGACGGUGGUGGUACAGUACAGCAGUGUGACCCUCGUCUAAUCUUCUGCAACUCCGUCGCUGACACUAAGCUACAGUUAAGCGAGCUCUGCAGAGGCGAGCGCCGCUGUUCUAGUGCCUCUAUCAAUGCCUUAAUUCAUGUGACACCACUGGGCCUGCGCAUGGUUCACCAUCACGUGCAGACAGAUGCAAAACACACCGAGGUCUAAUUUUCAACUCCCAGAAAAAAAGCAGCUCUCGGUCUCCGUGUGACAGACAGAUUUAUUUCUGCUGUUCUGGAUUAAUAUGCAGAAUUUGAGAGCGUAGCAUUGAAAGCCUUGAGGUUAAAAGGCUCAUUAUGUAACUCUGAUCUCGUGGUGGCAUUUGAAGGGGAAUUUGAAUACAUAUAUAUAUUUAUAUAUAUGUAAAUUGUAAAAUAUCGCCACACUGAAUAGUAGUGUAGUAAAGAGUAUAUGCAGACUCAUAAAGUUUACCUUCAUCCUGUUGCAGCGGAAUAUAAUCACUGAUGACUCCUAUUACGACGGUGUCCAUAGAUAUGAAGAGGAAGGCUAAAUAAAUGCCCAAUUUGUUAGUGCUACUUUGCCUUCCUUCUGAUCAUCACUGCAGAUGUUUGCACUGUUGCUGAAAAUAAUCUAAAUUUUGUAUUUCAGCCUCGUCAGUUUUAAACUGUCUCAGCUUUAUUGAAAAUGACAAAAAGGGAAACUUCGUACCCAGGUUGGAUGGAUGUGUUUAACUACCUGUGUAUCACCAGGCGCACAGUAUUAAGACCUCGUCUUGCUGAGAGGACUGUGUGCAUGGCCAAAUAUCAAGUGAGCAUUUUAAUGAAAACAAUAUUGAUCAAAAUUUUAGAGACAUAUUUGAUCCAGUUUUGAUCUAAUGAAUCACAAGGGCUGUCAAAGUUCCCAAGGAAUAAAAAAACAUGCGGUCCUUCAAUUAAAGUUUUAAUAUGAAAUUAAGACCAAAGAAAACUCUGCAGUUACAAGCUUUGUUCUAUAGUUUACCAAGCUGACUUGAGAAAUUAUGUGUUGUCUCUUUUAUGUUCUUCUGAUUUCUGUUAAGCUCUCAUUUGUUUGCAUGAAAACAAAAGAUGAAAAGGAAGCACAGGGCUAAUGACAUCACUGUCAAAACAAAACAAAAGAAUAUAUACAUAUAUAUUUUGCCAUACACCCUAUGUGAACCAUGUGAUCUCCAAAAGGACAUAUGAACAGAAGCGUUUGGAGAGUGAUCACGAGUGUCUGUUAGCAAGAUGAAGGAUAAUGCAGGAAGUGCUCAUAGCGAAGUGAAUACCAAUACACAGUGCACCUGGGAAGGUUUUACAACAACAUUCACAAAAAUACGCUUAAAAAAUCCCUCAUGUGAAAAUUCAUGCUAUGCAAACAAAAUUGUAAGAGGUUAUUUCUUUACCCGACUAUCGUGAAAUAGUUUUGUGAAGUCUCUGCGAACAUUUCGAGCAUGAAUGACAUUUUGCAGCCUCAGAUUGAAGUGAGUUUUAUAUGUGUGACUUAUCAACAAAGAAGUUAUAAAAACAAAAAACAAAAAAGUU